GAUUGAGGUGAUGUGCCUCAUCUAGACCUGGAACAAAGGGUUACAGGGGAACGGCGAGAUGGAUCAGGAUAAUAGCUCCGUUGAUUCAAUCUUCACCAAUGCCACAGAGAGCCCCAAAACUUCAGAGGCACACUGGGACGAGGCCAUUCUCCUAGGUCUGCAGAUCUCCCUGUCGGCCAUCCUGGCCAUCAUCACCCUGGCCACCGUACUGUCCAACGCCUUUGUUAUUGCCACCAUCUUCCUGACCCGGAAGCUGCACACGCCAGCCAAUUUUCUGAUCGGUUCGCUAGCCGUGACAGACCUGCUGGUGUCCAUCCUGGUCAUGCCUAUCAGCAUCGUGUACACGGUGAGUAAGACCUGGUCCCUGGGGCAGAUCGUCUGCGACAUCUGGCUGUCAUCAGAUAUCACCUUUUGCACCGCCUCCAUCCUGCACCUGUGUGUCAUCGCGCUGGACCGCUACUGGGCCAUCACUGAUGCCCUGGAGUACUCCAAGCGCCGGACGAUGCGUCGAGCGGGCCUGAUGAUAGCGGUGGUGUGGGUGAUCUCCAUCUCUAUCUCCAUUCCGCCGCUCUUCUGGAGGCAGGCCAAGGCCAACGAGGAAGUGAUGGAGUGCCUGGUAAACACGGACCAGAUCUCCUACACGCUCUACUCCACCUUUGGGGCCUUCUACGUGCCCACCGUGCUGCUGAUCAUCCUCUAUGGCCGGAUCUACGUGGCCGCCCGCUCGCGCAUAUUCAAGACUCCGGUGUCGUCCGGCAAGCGUUUCACCACGGCCCAUCUCAUCCAGACAUCAGCCGGCUCCUCCCUCUGCUCCAUCAAUUCUUCCGCCUCCAACCAGGAAAGCCACCUGCAACCUGGAGGGGGAACCAGUGGGGGUGGAGGAGGAGGCAGAGGUGGGUCACCUCUCUUCAAUAGCGUGAAGGUGAAGCUGGCAGACAGUGUGCUGGAGAGGAAACGUCUGUGCGCCGCCCGGGAGAAGAAGGCCACCAAAACGCUGGGCAUCAUCCUGGGAGCCUUCAUCGUGUGCUGGCUGCCUUUCUUUGUGGGUACCCUGGUACUGGCCAUCUGCAAAGAAUGCUGGUUCCACCCAGUGCUCUUCGACGUGUUCACCUGGCUUGGCUACCUGAACUCGCUCAUCAAUCCCGUCAUCUACACCGCCUUCAAUGACGAGUUCAAACUGGCCUUCCACAAACUCAUCAAGUUCAAGAGAUGCUACUGAGGGAAUGCGAGGAUUGAACAUUCAACAUUUAAAUCCAUAACCUAUUCUCUUGCCUUACUUAGUAAAUACCGGUAUGGUAAUGUAGGGCCUAUUCAUAGAAACACUGUACUGUUGCAUUAGUUCAUGUUGUAAACACACAUGCUCAUUGUGUUUGGUCUCUGUACAUUUUUGUGUACAUUGGAACUUCAUUGACCGGCUUAUGAGGUGCCACAGCUCUUUCCGAUAUUUCCUUAAUACAGAUGUAUGCAUGCAUUUCUAAAAGAAGAGAGAGCAAAACAUAUUCAGACUACAAAACGAAUUAUAAACGAGGUUUUGGGUUUGUAUAUUACAGACCCCAAAAGAACAGACUUAUCAUACAUUGAGACAAAUGAAUGAGACUACGCAGUAUGAGACUGGGAUCUCCUUUGGAUGGUAGACAUGAGGGGAUUGAUCCAUGGAUUAUAACUUGGAAGCGGAUUAUAAACCCCCAUCGUACUGGAAAAGCCAUAGCAUGUUGUAACAGCAAUGUCACAUUGAAGAGGCUCA